AUGAAAGAUUUCGAGAAGCAGUCACAAUCGGACUUCGAUGAUGCUCUCUCUCGGCACACCGCCGAGUACAACUUGAGUGUCUCCAUGUCCAAUCCUCAAUUGAAAUUGCAAACAGAGCAGAAUCAUGAGUUGAAGAAGGCUUUGGAGGCAAGACACUUGUCCAUGAUUGCUAUUGGUGGUGCUUUAGGUACCGGUUUGUUGAUUGGCACUGGUUCUGCUUUGAAGUCGGCUGGUCCAGGUGCGGUUUUCAUCUCUUAUUCUCUUAUUGGUUUUGUUGUGUUUAUGGUUUUGAGUGCUUUAGGUGAAGUUGCCACUUUCAUUCCUUUGGCCGACGGUUUUGCAGGUUACUGCCGCAGGUAUGUGGACGAGUCGCUUGGCUUUGCUUGUGGAUGGGUCUACCUCGUCAAAUAUUUGAUUCUUCCUGCCAAUCAGUUGGUGGCAGGCUCGCUUGUUAUGUCAUUUUGGGUUUCCACUGAUAAAGUUAAUUCCGGUGUCUGGAUUGCAAUUUUCUUAGUUAUUAUUGUUGUCGUCAAUGUUCUCGGUGUGCGCUUCUUUGGUGAAAUCGAGUUCUGGUUAUCCUGCGUCAAAGUCAUUACCUGUUUGGGACUCAUCAUCUUGCUUCUUGUCAUUGCUUUGGGAGGUGGUCCAACCCACGACAGAUUGGGUUUCCGCUACUGGCAAGAUCCAGGGGCUUUCAAGGAAUACGCCGACAAAUCAAGAGGGUUGCAUAUUGGUGGAUCUACGGGCCGUUUCGUGUCGUUCUUGUCUGUGCUUGUGAGUGCUGUCUUUGCGUACACUGGUUCUGAAUUGGUUGGUAUCACCUUUGCUGAAUGUGCUAGACCCCGUCAAGCAAUUCCUAAGGCCAUCAAAUUGACCUUUUACCGUAUCUUGCUCUUUUACAUUUGUUCGGUGUUGUUGUUGGGAAUGUGUGUCGCCUCUAAUGACAAGUUGCUUCUCGGUGCUUCUGGAUCAAGUGCUUCUGCUUCGCCAUUCGUCAUUGCCAUCAAGAAUGCUAAAAUCGAUGGCUUGGACCACGUCAUCAACGCGUGUAUUUUGCUUUUCGUCAUGUCCGCAGCAAACUCGGACAUGUACAUUUGUUCCAGAACCAUUUACGGUCUUGCAGUUGCAGGGUAUGCUCCACGUUUCUUCUCCAAAACUAACAGAAUGGGCGUUCCUUAUUACGGUAUUGCUCUUAGUUUUGCCUUCUGUUGUUUGGCUUUCAUGACAACCUCUUCAUCUUCGGCUGAUAUCUUUAAUUAUUUUGUUAAUGUGGUGUCCUUGACCGGUUUGAUCACAUGGGCAUGUAUCUUGUUCCUCCACAUUCGUUUCAUGCAAGCCUUGACAGCUCAAGGUUUCGACAGAAAGAGAGAUUUGAACUACCGCUCUCCCCUUCAACCAUACGGGUUCAUACAUCUCGCUUGUGAUUUGUAUUUUCGUCAUCCUCAUCAAGAACUUCACAGUGUUCUUAGGAAACGAUUUCCCUUACAAGACUUUCAUCACGGGUUAUAUCAUCCUCCCUAUUUUCAUCAUCAUGCUUUUCGGUUACAAGUUCAUCAAAAAGACCCAAUUUGUGCCAUCGAAUGA